AUGGACGACUUCAGUGACUCAGGUGAAUUGUACACAAUCAGAAACCAGUUCUUCACGAGCCAGCAUCACAAGGUCGUCUCUUACUCUUUGGAUUCCUUUUCGACCGAAAACAAGCUCAAGGUUUUGGAGUUCCAAGUGAGAUCCAGUGUAGCCUUGUCCCAAGAUGCUUCCCAGUUGAUUGACUUGGGAAAGCUGAUUUUCCCUGAGCAGACUGAUAUCUUUGAUGUUUUGCAGGCAUGGAAUGAUUUGAUGACUUUUGGCAUUGACGAAUCUACAUACUUUGAUGAUGUGGAGGACGCAGCUUUCGAGUUACAGGCCAGUCUAACCGCUCUUUACUAUGUCAAGUUCAGAAAGGACAUCGCCCUGGCCAUCCAGCUUCUUGUGAAAUACACCAACUACAACACCAACAAUGUUAAGGAAUUAGAGCCAUACUUGAUUCUUGUGCAGUUAUACUUGGUCAAAGAGAACUUCUCUGAGGCCUUGAAAAUCUACAAUGGAUUCCAGAAUUUCCCACCACAAGCAAGAGAUAACAUUAUUUACCAGGUUUUGGAAAGUUGGAUCUUGUCUAUCAAGGGUGAGACUGACAACAUUUCCAACUCUUUCUACUUCUACGACGAGAUGUUGUCUACCGACUUUGAUGACGACCCUCAAGGUAAGUUCCGUAUUUUGAAUGUUUUGUUUGUGAUGCAUAUGCAGUUGAAGCACUUCCCUGAAGCUGAGGAGUUGUUGAACCAGAUCAAUGCUCUCAAUUACACGGGUAACGAGAACGACGAUUUCCUUGCUAACCAAGUCACAUUCGAUUACCUCACAAAUAACGGCGCCAAUGUCGGAGCAUUGUUGCAGCGUUUGAAGGAGUCAUACUCUGAGCACCAGUUGCUUGCCGACUUGGAGGAUAAGAACGCCAAGUUUGAUGAGAUCGUCAGCAAGUACCAGGCUGCCACUUAG